AUGCAAACCCCAGUCUCGCUUCUUUCGCCCCUUGGCUUUUCGUAUUACGCAAGAACCCAAAUACUACAACCAGAAUUCUACCAAGGUCUUAUUGAUCGAGGAUGGAGGCGUUCAGGUUCCUUACUAUACAAACCAGACUUACGGGAUUCUUGUUGUCCACAACAUACCAUCCGUCUUGAUUCUCACCAAUUCCACGCAACUAAAGAUCAGCGACAAGUUUUGAAUCGCUUCAACAGGUACAUCCUCGGAGAUACGUAUACCAAAGAAACAGCUAGAUUAUACCCCAAAUCACGGGAGCAAGCCAAGAAACGUAACACGGAUUUCGAUCUUCUGGAAAGAAUUCACGAAGGAGAGAAGGAACAAAUCAAGACUCCCCCAGAACCAGCUCACUCUUUUACCGUCACACUAGAACUCGAUGACUUUACCGAGGAAAAAUUUGCUCUUUUUGAAAACUACCAACGAAUCGUUCAUCAUGAACCACCCAAUAAAAUAAGCAAACAAGGAUUCAAGAAUUUUCUAUGUUCAUCACCCAUAUCCCGAAGUACCCAGACCAUCGAUGGCAAAACCAAACGCCUUGGAUCCUACCACCAAUGUUACCGCCUCGAUGGAAAAUUAAUCGCCAUGGGCGUCCUCGAUCUCCUCCCCCAAUGCAUCAGCGCAGUAUACUUCAUGUAUCACGAAUCCGUACAUUCUCACGGGUUUGGAAAACUAGGAGCAUUGAGAGAAAUUGCUUUGGCAAAGGAAGAUGGGUAUCAAUAUUGGUAUGCCGGGUUUUAUAUCCAUAGUUGUGUGAAGAUGAGAUAUAAAGGGGAUUAUAGCCCUCAAUAUUUUCUCGAUCCAGAAACGUAUUCUUGGAUAUUGUUUGAUGAGAACCUGAGAGGAAAAUUGGAUGCGAGGAAAUACGUUAGUGAGAAACAAGAGGAUUCGAAAUCAGAUCAAGGCCCAGAACCCAAACCAACAACCCAAACUCCAUGCGCAAAUCUAUCAGACCUCGACGAAGACGACGAAGACGACGACGUCCGCACCCCAAUAUUCCAAAGCCGAAUGCCCGGUCUCCUAUCCACCACCGAUCUCCAAACCAAAGCACCACUAGACAACAUCAAAAUUCGCAUUGGACGAGGUGAUGUAGAGACACGCGAAUUGGUUCUGACGCACCGAUUGGUGGGGUGGGAAACGGGUGUGCUGACGGAUAUGAAUAGUCUGAAGGGGAUUAUUGCGGAGUUGGUUAGUGCGGUGGGAGUGAGGUUGGCGGGGGUGAUGGAGGUUUAUUUUUGA